CUGGCGGCGGCUGGCAGCCACUUGAUAGAGAGGCCCCCCUUCCAUUGACGAGACGCUUCAAUCCCAUUUUGCGGCCUACAGAGAGAACUUUAUCCAUCCAGGACAGAAAUAUACACGAUAUUCAGACUGUUCUCAGUCAUGCAUACACACAUACAUACCUUUUCGUGGUUUGUCUUGCUUGACUUAGAUGUUAUCUCCUCGCAGAAAUGAACAAGUUGCUGCUAUAUAAAUAGCCUUCAAGGCAACGACAAGAGUAUUUAUGGAAUCGACGUCGAUGCAACUUCUUCUACAUUAGAAAGAUCUAUCUGCAAUGGGAGGUUGGGUAAAAUCUGGGUGGAGAUCGUGCCAGCUCCUUUUGAAGCUUGCGAUAUAUCUUGGGCUCCUUCAGACGCAACAUUUUUAUGACACUCGGUCGUCUCCGUCCGGGGUGAAUAAUGUGCCCGAGUCCCUUUUGUAUGAGUGUCUCUACCCUGUCAGGAACUGUGUGGACAAACCUCUUUAUCAUCUCAGCAUGUUGGGGCCUCCUUGAUUUUGCUGCCCGGGUUUGCUGUAGAUCUUCCCAACAGUCUUUGUAGAUGCUGAGAGCAACGGACGGCGCGUUGCAUACGGCAGUGCUUACAUGAACAUUCCCAGGUGUCCCGCACUCUCCGAACUUUACCUUGUGUCGUUUGACGUAUGCGCGAUCUACCCUCCGCGUUCUUUGUGAUGCGAAGGAGCCGCAUCGGCGGCAGGUGACAUGUUGUUGCUCAAAUCGG